GUGGUCGGGAUGUUCCCGGCCGUGUGGUCAGGAUGUUCCCGGGCCGUGUGGUCAGGUGGUCGGGAUGUUCCGGGCCGUGUGGUCAGGUGGUCGGGAUGUUCCCGGCCGUGUGGUCAGGUGGUCGGGAUGUUCCCGGGCCGUGUGGUCAGGUGGUCGGGAUGUUCCCGGGCCGUGUGGUCAGGUGGUCGGGAUGUUCCCGGGCCGUGUGGUCAGGUGGUCGGGAUGUUCCCGGGCCGUGUGGUCAGGUGGUCGGGAUGUUCCCGGGCCGUGUGGUCAGGUGGUCGGGAUGUUCCCGGGCCGUGUGGUCAGGUGGUCGGGAUGUUCCCGGUCGUGUGGUCAGGAUGUUCCCAGGCCGUGUGGUCAGGAUGUUCCCAGGCCGUGUGGUCAGGUGGUCAGGAUGUUCCCAGGCCGUGUGGUCAGGUGGUCGGGAUGUUCCCGGUCGUGUGGUCAGGUGGUCGGGAUGUUCCCGGUCGUGUGGUCAGGUGGUUGGGAUGUUCCCGGCCGUGUGGUCGGGAUGUUCCCAGGCCGUGUGGUCGGGAUGUUCCCGGUCGUGUGGUCAGGUGGUCGGGAUGUUCCUGGGCCGUGUGGUCAGGAUGUUCCCGGCCGUGUGGUCAGGUGUUGGGGAUGUUCCCAUGCUGUGUGGUCAGGUGGUCGGGAUGUUCCUGGGCCGUGUGGUCGGGAUGUUCCCGGCCGUGUGGUCAGGUGUUCGGGAUGUUCCCGGGCCGUGUGGUCAGGUGGUCGGGAUGUUCCUGGGCCGUGUGGUCAGGAUGUUCCUGGGCCGUGUGGUCAGGUGGUCGGGAUGUUCCCAGGCCGUGUGGUCAGGUGGUCGGGAUGUUCCUGGGCCGUGUGGUCGGGAUGUUCCUGGGCCGUGUGGUCAGGUGGUCGGGAUGUUCCUGGGCCGUGUGGUCAGGAUGUUGGGCAGGAUCUUGGGCAGGCCGAAGCCCUGUGGAAUGUUUCACUUCAGCCUGGGUCUGGAAAAUGGCAGGGGGCUUACAAAAUGGUGCAGUUUGGAUUAACACCUGGGAGCCAGAGGCUGCAGUGAGCUGAUACUGCACCACUGCACUCCAGUCUGGGCAAUGGAGCCAGAGUUUGUCUCAAAUAAAAAGAAAAAAAAAAAAACAGAAAGAAAGAAAGAAAAUGUUAAACCCUCAUAGUACUCAAAUCAAAGAAACUAAAUCAACAAUGCAACACCAUCCUGGCUACCAAACUGGUAAGGCUUUUAAAAAAAUUGUAAGAC